AUGACUUGCUCGGCGUCAGAUAGCGAGAAAAUCGUGAUCAACUGCGGCGGGAUCCGCCACGAGACCUAUCGGAGCACCCUGAAAACGCUGCCAGGGACGCGCUUGUCCUGGCUAACGGAGCCCGACGCCUACAGUAACUUUGACUACGACCCUAAGUCUGACGAGUUCUUCUUUGACCGCCACCCGGCUACUUUCGCCUUCAUCCUCAACUAUUACCGCACCGGCAAACUUCAUUGUCCUAACGAUGUCUGCGGGCCGCUCUUCGAGGAGGAACUCGCAUUCUGGGGCAUCGAUGAGACGGACGUGGAGGCGUGCUGUUGGAUGAACUAUCGGCAGCACCGAGACGCCGAGGAAGCUCUUGACAGCUUCGAAACCCCGGAACCCGACGCACCCGAGGAAGACCCGGCUCUCACCGGGGGAGCGGACGGUGACCUGAAGCGGCUGUGCAUGCAGGAGGACGGUCGCAGGGCGACCUGGUGGGAAGUGUGGCAGCCCAAGAUGUGGGCGCUCUUUGAGGACCCCUACUCAUCGAAAUACGCUCGGUAUGUGGCAUUUGGAUCACUCUUCUUCAUCCUCCUCUCCAUUUCAACAUUCUGCCUGGAGACCCAUGAAACCUUCUACACCAUAUACAACCUGACGGAGAACAUCACCGUUAGUAAUGUGACACAUGAAGAGACAGUGUUUGAAGUUGUCACAGAUGGAUGGCUGACAUAUGUUGAGGGUGUCUGCGUCAUUUGGUUCACGAUUGAGGUCCUGGCGCGUGUUAUCUUCUGCCCUGACAAAACUGAGUUCUUCCGCAGCGCCCUGAACAUCAUAGAUUUUGUGGCCAUUGUGCCCUUUUACCUGGAGGUAGCGCUUAGCGGCCUAUCCUCCAAAACAGCCAAAGAUGUGCUCAGCUUCCUGCGUGUUGUGCGCUUUGUUCGGAUUUUGCGCAUAUUCAAGCUCACUCGCCACUUUGUUGGUUUGCGAGUACUGGGCCACACCCUGAGGGCUAGCACCAACGAGUUCCUGCUGCUUAUUAUUUUUCUGGCGCUGGGUGUCCUCAUCUUCGCUACCAUGAUUUACUACGCCGAGCGCAUAGGUGCUGACCCAGAUGAUCCAACUGCUGGUGCCCACACAGACUUUAAGAACAUUCCCAUUGGUUUUUGGUGGGCAGUGGUGACCAUGACAACACUGGGUUACGGAGAUAUGUUUCCAAAGACAUGGUCGGGAAUGUUGGUGGGCGCCCUCUGUGCCUUGGCUGGCGUGUUGACCAUCGCAAUGCCUGUUCCCGUCAUCGUCAAUAACUUCGGUAUGUACUACUCCCUGGCCAUGGCAAAGCAAAAGCUCCCGAAGAAGAGGAACAAGCAUAUACCCCGACCACCGCAACCUGGCAGUCCUAACUACUGCAAACCAGAUGCUCUCGCCAUGGCAACCGCCUCACCCCACAGGCUGAUGGGCAAUGUUCUAGGACCCGGCAUGGUGGGAUCAGCCAGCAUGAUGGGUGCUGGAGAUUGUCCACUUGCACAGGAGGAAAUCAUUGACAUCAACAGGGCAGAUUCCAAGCAAAAUGGUGAUGCUGCUGCUAAUGCAGCAGCACUGGCCAAUGAAGACUGUCCCACAAUUGACCAGGUCUUGGGGGAUGAGCGCAGCCCGGCCAUCAGAGGCCACGGUUCCACCACGAGCCGUGAACGCUACCCGCAUGAUCGGGCCUGCUUCCUUCUGAGUGCUGGGGAAUUCCAACGUACAACAGAUGGCAACGUUCGAAAAGAAUGUGUUAUCUCCUGUGCAUCCCCAGGUUAUGAGAAAUCCCGCAGCCUAAAUAAUAUUUCUGGGAUGACGGGUGCCCCUCUGCGCCUUACCCCUAUCAACAACACCACCUUUGAGCCUUUUGAGCCGCCUGGUUUUAGGCGUUGCCACUCUCCCAUCCCUUCCAUCUUGUAG